GCAGCCGUCCUUUUAGAAUGUUCACGAGCUUGUUAAUUAAAGAUAGUGAUGGAGUGAGAGAGGCACUUGAUCAGUUGAGGGAAAUUGGUUGGGCCAAAAAAUGGAGUUCUCAACCAUAUAUAUCUCGUCGUACAACAUCUCUCCGAGAGCUGACAACUUUAGGUCUGAAGAACGCGGAGGAGCUUGUUAUACCUAGCACCAGAAACGACGCAGCUUUUCUCUUUACUGUGGUUGGCUCAACUGGAUUUUUGGGUAUUCUUGCUGGCCAGCUUCAUGGGGAUUGGGGCUUCUUUGUGCCAUACUUGGUCGGGAGCAUUUCCUUGCUAGUUCUCGCUAUAGGGAGCAUCUCCCCGGGGCUGCUUCAGGCUGCAAUCGGAGGAUUUUCUUCAUUCUUCCCAGAUUACAAGGAGAGGAUUGCUAGACAUGAAGCAGCUCAUUUCUUAGGUGGAGGUACAAGAAAUUGCUGCAGAGAUGGGCCAAUCUAAUCCUGAUACGCCCGUGGAUAUGAAAAAGAUUUAUCUAGAUGUCUUGGGAGGCUUUUUAGAUAAAAAGCAAAGAUUGUUCGGCACACGUAGUCUCGCAUCGACCUUGAAGACCAAUAUAUCGGGAGAGAGUAGUACUUCAGCUAUGUCCGACAUUGACAAAGAGCAGUAUGCCACUCGCCUAGGAGAUGUAGAGGAGCAGCUUCAAGCGGAGCGAGAAAGGACAUCUCGAUUAGAAGAACAAGUUAAAGUUGCAAUGGAGAUUAUCAAGCAGUUGCAAGGGCAAUCAAGCAGCGCCACUAGCCAUCCAAAUUCACCAUCACAUGUGUUUUGAUUUUGAUAUCGACUAUCUCUAGGUGCUUGGUUUUGAAAUACUUGUUAGAUAUGUGAUUUUUAAACUAUUUUGGUUUGUGACUACUAUUUGUAGGUGUUUGGUUUUGAAAUACUUGUUAGAUACGUGAUUUCUAAACUAUCUUGAUUUAUGACUAUUUUGGUUUAUGACUUUGA